CACGCUUGAAGAAGUUGACAGUUCGUGGAGUUUUUCAAAUGUCCGUCGCAAGAUCUACGAGGAGGAGCAUCUGUGGGACCUUCACAGCAUGGUCCCCAGCGAUAUAGACAUGUACACUCCUGGCCAACUGACGUUGGAAGAUGUUACACAUGAUGACAUGUCCCUUCAUGUCAAGACGGCUAUCGAGGGUUUGAAGCCCAUUUACGCGCUUGAUAAAGUCAGCGACAUCUUUAAACAACCGAUCCCGGAUGAUAAGUUGGUUCGUCUUGUGUUCGUGGCACGUCGUCCUCAGCUCGUGGCACAUCCCCCAGGUGCCAAUCGCAGCGAGCUCGGUCAACAAAUUGUCAUCGCCGACCCCAUUGACCAAUAUAGCAUAAGCUUCAUUGAAGCAGGUGCCCAAGGAACAUUUACCGCCGGAGACAUGGGUUCAAAUAAAAUAUGCUACUGGCAGACGGCCCUUCCCCACUUCGUCUAGGAACUCAAAGCGUGGUUGAGCACAGACAGACGGAUCACUACUAUUGUUCAAAGCUCAUCAACUGGGGCUCCAGUGGUGACGCUUGCG